UAGAAGAUGAGGGCAACCCGCAGGUUUUGAAUUUUGUCAAAUAGAUUCCUCAGUUUCUUCUCAUUCUUGUUCGGAACAUCAAGCAGUAACAAUGAAUUUCUCGAUCUUUGUGCUUUUAACUGUAUUUAUUAACUGCGGUAGUAAGUAUUUAUAUUUAUGUUAAAUAUAAGUAAUAAUAAAUACAUUUACAUUCCAGUGGAAUUGUAUCAUUAAUUAUUACGCUUUAUUUAGGAAUACGUUACAGAGUUACAGCAACGACAGAAAAUUUAGAAGUAAUCCAUAGAUCAUUAAGAGCAACAACUACAGAUAGUGAUAACAUCCAGAUGCCAGAGAAAGAAAUUUCUCGGAUGGAUACGUCUUCGAAACAAAACUCGGUUACAUUACAAGGCUUAGAGAAAAUUGCGAAUAUGAAGAUCGACUCUUCGAACAGGAAAUCUAAAAUUUUAAGAAGCUUGGCUUUUCUAGCUGGUUUAAGUGUUGGUGGUUUAGCAGGUGCAGCGUCGUCCGAUGUAAAAACCUACACCAAAUUGCCACCGUUGAGUGUGAAUGUUGGUGCUUCUCGAAUUUCACCUCAAGUUGCUGCAAUUUAUAAUCCUUAUCCUUACGUGUCGUAUCCUUAUAUAUUAGCCACUCCUUUCGGAAUUUAUCCUUUAUGGGAUCUACUACGGUCACAGUCAAUUAAUGGGAUACAAAACAAUUUUCAACCAUUAACACAAAAUCCGCAAGUAUUGAACUUGUUCGAUAACAAACCAACUGAUCUGCUAAAUAAUAGUGACGAAUAUGUAGAGGAAGCUCAGAAAAUUGAAAACAUCAAAAAUCCGAACGACACUGAAGAUACUGACAAGAGUGUAGACUCCCAAGUGGAGGGCGAUCGGAACGCGGAAGAGAAGAUACAAUCAUCUUCUGCUAUUGCGUGCAUUAUGCGAAAAGGAGUUAAUACGAAACAAGGCAACUUGGUGAAAGAUAUUGUCAAAGAACGUGAAAAUGCUGAUAGUUCGUUAAUGACAUCGAAUCUACAAACUAUAAAUAAAGCAAUGGUUCCUACCAACACAGCUAGUAGAAAUACGACUCAAAUUUCAAUGACAAUCAAUACUACACAAAAUUCAACAGCGAAUAACAACCAAACAAAUCCACCUUUUUAUGGCUAUUAUGAAGGAUAUCCACAAGACAUAAACCAAAUCGAUUUUACUACGGAAUCGUACGAACAUAAAUAUCACGAUUACGAACAUACUAAUUACAAUUUACCUUCUUAUGACAAACCUGUGAAUUUUUAUUCAGAUAACAGAUAUAACUAUUAUUCCGUACCACCUGUUGAUUCUUAUCCAUCGAGUCAGUUUCAUCAGGAUCCCGAAUAUCCGCCUAACGACUAUAAACGAUUUUUCUAUACAUCAGAUAAUACACCACCAUUUACCAAUACUGAUUUCAGACCUGUAGCCUAGGAUCAUUGUAACGUAUAAACCACGUAACAAUGUAAAUGCUCGUGAUAGAGUAAUAUGCUAAUAAAUAAAAUAUUUUAUUCUCCAAUUAAUGAAAUAAAUUUCAUGAUAUAUUUUUAAAAGAUAUAAUUAAAUGUAUAAUAUAACAUGUAUUCAGUUACAUAAGUGUUAAAUGAUUAUUAUCGGUCAGUAGAAUGAUUUGUAUGUAUUGUAUGAAUUGUCUCUUAGUAUAUAUAUAUGCAUGUAUAUGUCCUAGUUGGGUGUAAAUAACUAUGUCCUUCAUGUACUAUACUAACAAUGUGUUGUGUACCUACGUUGGAUAGAUCAGUAAUAAUUACGGAUUGCUUCAUUACAUUCCUUUAAUGAACACGUUCUCGUAUAAUUCAAAAAAUAGUUUAGAAAACAUUACUACAUAAUAUGUAUUGUGAAAGAAUAAAAGUAU